AUGGGCACGAUUCUAGAUAUCGAGGGUAAGACAAAGGACAUGAUCAAAGCUCGUCUUGAUUUGGAAAGAAUGGGCAUACGAAGAUGUUUAUGGAUGAACAGGGACGGUGAUAAAGCUAGAAGGGAUCUGGCAUUUUUUUCCAUGAAACUGAAUGACAAAAAAGAUUUUCUAAAGUUUGUAUCGUCGGUAAAGUUUUCCGAUGGGUAUGCUUCUAAUAUCGUGCAUUGCGUGAAUGUUGACGGGAGUAAAUUUACUGGACUAAAGAGCCAUGACUGCCAUGUGUUUAUGCAACACCUACUUCCUGUGGGUAUUCGACACAUUUUGCCAGAAGAUGUAGUGAAACCAAUCAUGUUGUCCAGAUUUUUUUCCCAACUGACGGCAAAAACAUUGCCAAAGACAGACAUUAAUCAGUUGCGCCAUGACAUUGUCCAAUUCCUAUGCAAGUUCGAGAUGAUAUUCCCUCAAGCUUUCUUCACAAAUAUGAUCCACGUGAUAGUUCACUUGCCAAAAGAGACAUUGCUCGUUGGUCCUGCUUCUCGAAGAGUUAAAAAAACUGUACGCAAUAGGGCGAAGCCCGAAGGAUCAAUUAUAGAGGCUUGGGUUCAAUAUGAGUCACUUACUUUCUGUGGAAUGUAUUUAAAAGAUGUGGACACGGCUUUCAAUCGUCCUCAGCGCAAUAAUGACGGAGGUCUGAGAAAUGAGAAACUUUCUGUUUUUUCCCAAAGCGCACGACCCUUUGGAGAUCCGGUACGAGGAGAGUCGUUUUCCAGAAAUGACAUGGAGGUAGUGCAUUGGUUCGUACUUAACAAUUGUGAUGAGAUAAUGGCAUACUUAGAUGAGCAUGAAGUGAUGAUGAAGCGAGAACAUCCAUCACAUUUGUAUGCCAAGAAACACUGUGAUUUGUUUCCACAAUGGUUUUUGGAAUAUGUGAAUAAGUUGAAAUCAUCGAAUUCACCCUCUUAUAGUGAAGAGUUAUAUAACUUGGCGUUCGGCCCGAUUCGCGCUGAAUUAUUCUCGGGUUGCCAUGUUAACGGCGCCAAGUUUUUGGGGAUUGCACGAGAUGACAAGUUGUGUACGCAAAACAGCGGUGUCCAUGUCCCAGGUGGUGGCGAAAGUACGGACAUUGAUUUCUAUAGUAAACUCACAACUGUCGUGCAAUUGCUUUACAAAGACCGAUACCAAGUGAUCAUGUUUAAGUGUCGAUGGUUUGAUACAAACCCAAAUAGGCAGGGAAGUGUUAAAAUAGACCAUGGCUUACUAUCAGUGAACAUUAACAGAACUUGGUAUGAUGACGACCCUUACAUUUUGGCAAACAUGGCAAGACAGAUUGUGUAUCUAGAUGACCCUAAAGCCGGAAGCGGUUCAAAAGUUGCUCAGCAGAUGGAUUAG